AUGUGGCCACUAGGUGGCCCGCUCGCCUUUGAUGUCGCGGGGGCGGGGCGUAGUAGCGCGGCUGCCCAGCCGAAGCCUGACCUUCCCAGCAGCGCAAAGGAGGCGAGCGCGGAGUUCCAGCGCGCGGAGCAAGCGAGAGGGAAACUUUCGCUUUUGUUCGAAUUCCCUUUUCCGGGCGUGGGAGGCGGCAUCCCGUUGGCCAGAGCAGGGUCUGCGGGGUGGAAGUUGUCCGCCGGGCUCGGAGAAAGAGGAUCCCACCUGCCGGGUGUGCGUGAACUUACUCCCCACUUUUCUUCGUCCAGUUAUUCGGCGGCCGCGGAUUUUGCGCUCCUUUGGACCAGACGCUCGCAAGCCGAGCAGGCGACUCUCCAGGCGGGGUUUGAAAGCAGCCCGGAGACUCAAGAGCAGCAUAAGAAACUCCUGUAAGUCCUCUUUGUAGCGAUGAGCAGCGACUUGUCCGUGAAUUUUUACUCUCGAGAGAGGCGAGUGCCACGAUUUCUUUUGCUUGCUUGCUUGCUUGUUUGCUUUAUUCGUGCGCUUUCAUAUUCCUCCAACACCUUCUUCAUGUCAGUUUCUCUUCACUUCCUUUCCCGUUUGCAUUUAGCAUUGCUCCGAUUUUUGUUUGUUUGCUAGUUUGCCUUGGAGAUCAGUAAUAGUUUUAAGUCCCAAGGGAAAUUCCACAAGUAGCUCGUCAAUAAGAAAGGGCUCUAUCCAUGCCAUCUUUGAUCUUCAUUUCAGAAGGUCAUUGGAUAAUUUUUUUCAGGAAAGUGAGUGAUCUUGCCCUGCAAGAUCAGGUAACUACCCUGCAAGACCCAUUUGUAAGUUUCCUUCUACACUGGGGCAUUUAAGGUGGUAGCAAACCUUCUCUUACGACUAUUUUAUUCUGGUGAGCAUUGCUUAAGCUAAACCUUUGACACAUGCGCACACAUUUAUAUAUCUGUAUAUACUGCUCUUUUAGAUAUGCCUGUGCUGUUUUACUGCUGUUCGUUUUAUAGUUAGCUUUUUUCCUGUGGUGUAUAAUAUAAACAUGAGAUCUUUAAAUGUGUAUUGCAUGUAUUCUUGCCUAUCAUUUUUAUAGCAACUAGUGUAAAGCUAUCACUAAGAAAAACUAUGAGAUGAAACCAAGAUGUAAAAAUGUUGUGCGGUUUGCUGUUCAUAUCCUGGUUUUUGGCAGUAGUUCCUCUGUUGUUGGAUCCUUAUCUCCAGACUGUUUCCGAAAGGCAAUUGUUUUCCUUCAUUUCCCUAUAGCAAAAUAUGGGAAAAACCCAUGGAGUUGGGCACAUGCGAUGACUAGACAUAGUUAAUCCACCACAUGCAUAUGCAGAGGGAAGCCAGUACCUAUAACAGUGAUGCUUACAUUAAUCACCUGUGAUGGCCUAUGUACAUUAUACAUUUUGUUGCCCACACAGUGUUGUGUAACCAUCUCUAUUCCCAGUAGCAAAAUGACGCUAAUUUAGUACUUAUCCAAAGGAAUUGCAGUGAGCUGGAAUUCAUUGGCAUGUCUAAUUGCCUUUAUCGGUGCUUGAAAAAGAAUUGGGAGUGGCUCUCAGGCUACAGAAUGUAUAUGAUCUCCCAUAUGGGUAUGCGUUUGAUCGUUUCAGAUGAUAUUCUGUUAUUUUCAUUUUCACUUUCUCUUGGUUUUCAACCCAUUUCUGGUUAGUGCGUUUGCAGUCUUCUCUAUGCAGCUGAUCAGAAAUGGACAGUUGCAAGGCGUGUCACCAGGUUCAUCUUUUAGAUUCAAAGAAAUAAACACAUUCCUACUCUUGUCCGUUUAAUUGUGACAGACGUACCUAAAUGCAAAGAAAGUCAAAUAUAAGGUUGGAAGUUUUAUGUUGCUUGUAUGAAUUUCAUAACCAUACUAACCACAGAUGUGCUGUGUCUUUAUUUUGUUUUUUUCCUCCCCUCUUUCCUUUAUAGCUUCUGGCAUGAACAAAAGCUUAGGGGAAGCUUCCUAUCUGCUAUGUUUUCCACUUUCCAAGAAACCCUUUGAAGUUUUAAAGGAAAGGCUGCAUAGGGAUGCUUUGGAUAUUUUUAAAAAAUCUCUAUUAGUUCAGGCAUUUGGAAAAGAUUGGGUGUGGUACAGCACAAGAUGUUGAACAAGAUGAACUACUGUUCAACUCCUUUUUCGUUCUUGGAUUAUGUGUAUGACUCUGGACAAGUCCUUUAUUUUUCAGCUUCUCUUACCUGUCUGUGAAAUGGAAAUAACAGCAAUUCAGCUCACAGGAUUGUUGUGACAUUAAGGGCGGGCAUGAAAUAAAGAUGGUAAAGGACAUUGUAAAUUACCAGCAAUACUAACAAAUUCCACUGUGUUCUAAAUCACUUGGUAGCUUUCUGCCACACAGCCUAUCACAUACAGUGUACAGUGUGCCAGUUUGCCAUCAUUUAGAUGUCUGCACCCUUAACUGUUGUACCAUUUGUAUUUUGAUCAGUAGUGUUUGGGCACUGACUUAGCAUUGGAUAUUCCGCUGUUUCUCUUGUGCUGCUUUUGAGAGACAUUUGGCUGGUUUAUACAAUUGUCGAAGAAGCUGUCCACCACAAGGCAUGCUUCCUCCUCCAUCUCUAGCCAUCCAUACUGAAAUGGCCUGUCUGGAUGUGAAUGAGCACAUGUCAAAUCCUACACACAUGUAGAGGAAAUUGACACGUCUGGUUCCCAAAUAAAACCCAGAAAUCAACUGCACGCUUUUAAGCCUUUACAUGUCAUCUUAUUACUAUUUAUUGCAUUUAGGUUUUGUUUUCUUUUUAAUUGUCAAACAACAGCUGAAAUCAGUUAACAAGGAGAAAGCGAAAUACAAUAAACACAAACUUCCUAAAGUGCCCAUGCAAUAAUACUAUAAAACAAUCCUACCACACGCUGCUAAAGUGCAGAAUGUAAAAUAGAUGCAUAUUUGGAUGGGUCUCGCUCGCAGGGAUGGCAGGAGGCAGUGGAGAUGGCAAGGCAGGUGAGCCCAAAGCAACAUCCCAUGCUUUGGAAUUCUGGGGCUGAAGGAAUUCUAGGUGAAAGCAGACAAGUGAAAGGGACAUAAAUGCAGAUUCUCUGGUCUGGAGCCUUCAGUCUCUACCUCACAAAUGGGAAUUGCUCCUCCCUCCUCCCUUACUGAUGAUUUGAAGGCUGCCUGCUUUCCUAGGUUCUUCAUGUCCCCAGUGGGGGAUGCUAACUGAUGCCAAAACUACAGUAUAUGGUUGUGGUUGAUAUAUUUUGAUUUUAUUCUGUGAACUGCCCUGCAGGUAUAGGGCGGUAUAUAAAUUCAGUAAAUAACAACAACAAUCUGUUCAUCAUAUAAAGUGAUGGGGCCCCUUUACUUUCUUUCUUUCUUUCUCUCUCUCUCUCUCUCUCUCUCUCUCUCUGCUCUACUUCAGGCACCUAGCCAGAAACCUUGUGGUAAGGGGGGGAAUCACUUACAGAACUGCAAGAUCAUAAAUACAGGUAUCUGUCUAUGUUGGAAGGGAUUUAAUUGCAUUGCUUCUUAAUGAGCAAUUGGAUAGGAUGCUGCCUGAAGCCUUCCCCACCCCCUCCUUAUAUCUUCAGUCUUAAAAAGGGGCAGAGUAUUUUUAAAAAUAAAAGCUGAACCUUCAAGGAAGGACUGAUAAUGUUUCUGAAAAGGGACCUCCCAUUAAGAGGCAGCUUCAGGCGACAGAUUUGGCGUGGCAUUAUUAGACUACUGUAUGUCCAUUUUGUUUUUUAGUAUUAUUUUGUGGCGUGCUAAGAGCACUAAUUUUAUUUUUAUACCUGGCCACCAAAAUAAUCUCAGGCUGGCUUCCUCUGCUCUCAGAUAAGAUGCUUCCUGAUUUUCAUGCCUCUGCUUUGAUUAGACUUCUCCCUUCUGAUUUGUUUCCACUUUCUACCUGGACACUGAGGUCCAGCACUGAGGGCCUUCUGGCGGUUCCCUCACUGCGAGAAGCCAAGUUACAGGGAACCAGGCAGAGGGCCUUCUCGGUAGUGGCGCCUUCCCUGUGGAACACCCUCCCACCAGAUGUCAAAGAGAACAACAACUACCAGGCUUUUAGAAGACAUCUGAAGGCAGCCCUGUUUCGGGAAGCUUUUAAUGUUUGAUGUAUUAUAGUAUUUUAAUAUUCUUUUGGAAGCCGCCCAGAGUGGCCGGGGAAGCCCAGCCAGAUGGGCGGGGUAUAAAUAAUAAAUUAUUAUUAUUAUUAUUAUUAUUAUUAUUAUUAUUAUUAUUACUAUUAUUAUUCUUUGGAAAGCAAGAGAUUUUCCAAUCAAAUUAGGACAGACUCUUAACCAGUCAAGCAAGCUAUGUGCUUUAAUAACACAUCUUCCACUCCUGUUGAAUUUGAAAUAGAUAGUAGUAGUUUUCUGCAGACAGGCAGUUUCUAUCCGAGAAAGAUACUUGUUAAAUAAAUAAACAAUUAACAUUUAAGUAUUGUAUAGCUUACAUAGGACAGAGUUUUUGUCAAUUAUGUUGCGUUUCUAAGGAACUGCAUGACAGGAAUGCCAUCCCCCCCAUUGUUUUUGGCAGUGUCAGGUUAUUAAUUGGAAACAUCUAUACAGUGGUACCUCAGGUUAAGAACUUAAUUCGUUCCGGAGGUCCGUUCUUAACCUGAAACUGUUCUUAACCUGAAGCACCACUUUAGCUAAUGGGGCCUCCUGCUGCUGCCGCACCACCAGAGCACAAUUUCUGUUCUCAUCCUGAAGCAAAGUUCUUAACCCGAGAUACUAUUUCUGGGUUAGCGGAGUCUGUAACCUGAAGCGUAUGUAACCUGAGGUACCACUGUACUACACUAGAGGUAGGGAACAGCAUUAGAAACUCAGAUAUAGAAGCUAGGAGCCAAAUGACUCCUUAAACCAGGGUUACAGUCGCCUAAACGGAAUGUCUAGGUGCCAUAUUGUGGCCAGAUGUCUUGGAAGUCAUAUUUCCCAAUACGACAUUUUGGUUCCUGAAAUUCCUUCUGAUUAUGCAGAUAAAAUAUCACGAAUAGAAUUCUACAGGAAGCUGUUGCUAGUGUGUGAAAGCAGUCAAGAUCCCAGGAUCCCCAGGCAUGUACCUCCAGAUGGUGAUGUCAGGCACCAUCUUGGUACCUGGGCAUCUUCAUGUGGUUGCAAGUAGGUGAUAGCCAGGUGCAAAAUGCACAUGGCGAAUUUUGAACAUUGGUAGUGAACCUGUGGCCCUCUGGAUGUUGCUAGAUUAUGAAACCCAUCUUCUUUUGCAACUGGCUGUUAACCGGAAAGUUGGUGGUUCAAGCCCACCCAGAGAUGCUUGUGGGCAGGAUUCCUGCACUGCAGGGAGUUGGACUAGUUGACCCUCAAUGUUCCUUCCAACUCUACAGCUCUGUGAUUCUGAUAAUGCCGGCUGGAGCUGAUGGGAAUUGGGAUCCUGCAACAUCUGGAGGGCCACGGGCUCUCCCCCCCCACCAUUCUACACCUUAGCCCUCAUCAGGUGCCCAGCUGUGUACAAAUUAAGGCAUGGAGUGGGAGAUGGGCGUCCCAUUGCUGACUUCCAUAUGUUCCAAGUUCUCCAUAUGCACCAUCAAUAACUGGCACAUGGAUCACAUGUAUGGGAACCUAUGCAUGUUGCUGCAGGGUAUGUGCCUUGGGUUUAUGCAAAUGGAGACCUGGAAAGAUUGGAAGCUGGGGCAGAACUUGUAGAAUGGACCCCAAUGUGUUGGUUUCCACACACGUAAAUACCCCGAGUGACCCUUAUAAGCAAUCCAACAGGUCUGUGUGUGCCAAGGGCAGCUGCUUAAUCUGUGUUGAUAGCAUUGCUAUAGUUAUUUAAUGUUUUAUUUAAAUAUCUGCCCAGGAACAAACUUUUGAAUCUUUUAUCUGCCCUAUGCUCUGGGCCCUGAACUGACACCCAUUCAUUGUUAUCAUUUAAGAGCAAUAAGGUUGCAUUGCUCUGUUCCACUGCGCACAGUUUGAGCCAAGUGUUGACUUUUGCCUCUCAUUUCCAUUCCUGUAUAAUGCCAUACCUUAUGGAUAAUGGAGUUUCGUGUUUAUUUGAAAGUAGCAAAGGGCUGACACAUGCAACAGAAUGAGGUGAUGGUUGUACACUGUGGCAUUUGCUCCCACAAGAUGACCAACUUGGACGGCUUUAAAAGAGGAUUAGGCAGAUUCAUAGAGCGUAAAGCAAUCAAUGGCUACUAGCAACAAUAGCUAUGUUCUGGCUCUCCUGUCAAAGGCAGGAUGCUGCUGGGACUCACCAUAGAAGAGAGUGCUGUUCCAUCCAUUUGCCAUAGGAUGCUGAACUAGAUGGGCCUGAUCCAGCAGGACUCUUCUUAUGCUUUUACCCAGGUACCAAUUACUAGCAGGCCCAGCUUUGGGGGGGCUCUACUGCCUAAUGGCUGCCUGGACUUUUGUAUUUCUGGUUAUGAGUUUAGGGUUGUUCCAUUGUAGCCUAUUAAGACAGUUGGGUUGGGGUUACUGAACCCUGUGCCCUGCUAAAUUAAGUGCAUCAAGUAUUGUUUGAUACAAUAUGGUAAACACCUGAUAUGUGGGUGAGUACCUUGUUGGUCACCCUCCCAACAAGAAUUAAAACUUUUCAGGUGAACUCGAAGAACAACCCCAGCUCCUGAUGUGCUGGAGUCACUUAGGAACUAGCAGGGAUUUCCUUUGGAGGGGCAGGAAUGUGGAGGCAGUAGCCACUGUACAACCAGAUGGGGUGGUCACUUCUGGCUGGGAGGGCUGUAAUGUUAGGGUAGACAUAGAUUUAGAUGAAUUUACCCCAGAAGUAGGGUGGCCAGGUGAACUGGGCAGGGCCUGCAGAAAGUAGUAACAAGAGCAACAGGUCCAUCGAAUCAUAGAGUUGGAAGGGACCCCAAGGGUCAUCUAGUCCAAGCCCUUGCAAUGCAGUCAUCUCAGCUAAAGCAUCCAUGACAGAUGGCCAUCCAACCUCUGCUUAGAAACCUCCAAGGAAGGAGAGUCCACCACCUCCCAAGGGAAGACUGUUCCAUGUUUAUAGUCUUUGCAUUUGAACACCCAGCAGGAUGCGUUCACAAUUUGAGGGAGAAAUGGUUUCCAUAAAUCCUCAGCUCAGCAAGAAUGACCAUUAAAACCGGCAAUGAAGAAUCUCUUAAAAUUUGAGUAACUUGCUCUUGAAUCUUCUCCAAGCUCCACCAAACUCUCUCAUUUCAUUAAACGCCAGGAUUCAGAGCACAGUGCCUGUUGGGUCCCCACCCCCCUUUUGUUUGUCGGCAAGCUGGUUUAAAUGUGGAGCCCCCUGUGCUGCGUGAUAGUAAUAAAUAGGUUUGUGGGUUUCUUACAAACAGCCUGUGUUUUAACAAGUAAUCCCUCGAAGGCAUUAAGAUGGGUGUAGCCUGGCCUUUGAAUCUCCACAGGUUUUGACGUCAUGUUAUCUUUCUGAUCUGGAGCACUUAAGAGAAUUGGCACAGUGACUCCAGCUUAACCUGUUCUUGCUGAUGUCAAAGUGGCAACGAGCGUCACCAAACUUCGGGGAUAAAUUACAAAAAUGGUAUAGCCAAGAUGAUGUCAGGCUGCUCGGUUGGGGCCGCUCGCUCAUUGUACACAAUCCCAUGGUCAUCGCAUAACAAGUUGCACAGUUGUGUAAGCUUUUUCUUCAUAUGACAUUUUUAUCACACCCUGUCACUCAGAUCAGCACAGCACUGGGGCCUCACAACAACCCUUUGAGGUAGGUUAAAGUGAGAGGGAAUGACUUGCCCAAGAGGGGCAAGUAAGUAAGCAAGGAUUACUUAAGCUUCUUAUACUGAAACCAAGGUCCCUUACAUGAUGCCUGCAGACAGCCCCUUCGCCAGCUGUCUCUUCCAGUUUUCUGUUUUGUUUAAUUUGUACUGUGCUGGCUGAAAAGCAAUGUGCAGGCACCUAGCAAGGCUACCUUCUUCCCUCACAUUUCCUAGAAAUGCCUCUGGGCCACACAUGGAACCCUUCAUAGGAAUGGAAAGGAAGAGGAAGACGCAGAGAGAGGUGUAGUCCUUCACUUCAAACCUUCUCAUACUCAUACACAUGAUGUGUGGUACUGUCUCAUUUCCAUGACAACAAGCAUAAGAGGAAGUUAAACUGAGAAACAGGGACUGCUCCUGUGAACUUAAUGGCUAAGCAGGGCUUGGUACCCAGGUCUCCUGGAUCCAUGCCCAACACGUUGCUCCAAAGGUUGGUGGGAGCUUUAGUGUAACAACAUAUGGAGGACCAGAUGUUCCUCAUCCCUGUUCUACUCAUGGUACGAUCGUGGCUGUCAGAAAGCUGUGUUUGAAGUCGAUUGCUUUUGUAUUGAAUUAAUGGGACUCGCCGGCUUUAAAUCUCAAGUAUUCCAGCAUCCCAGUUUAGUUCUGUGUGUGACAUGAAUGUGGACAUGAAGUCCAAACAAAACUAAUACGAUUACUGAGGCUGCUCACGACAUGAGGAAGUGUCCAGGGAUUAGAGCCUGGAGCCACAAAACGUUUGUCAGUGUAGGAAAUAACUGAGUUUCACUCGGAGCAAAUCAACAGCUUAGAUUACUGCUUGCCAGGAAGUUCAUUCCAAAUAACGACAGCACUAAUGCACUUCUCUGUAAACAGAGCAUGGAGCACACAUUUUCCUGUGCUGUGUGUAGGCUCUGCCUCACACACACACUCAUAGAAGGAAGGCCUUCCAUUUCAGCAGAAGCUUGCCAGCAAAUUCCUCCACUGAAACACGCCUCAGCCUGCCUAUGACAUAGGAGAGUCUUAUUCCACAUAAGACUCUGACAUGAAAACCCACAAAAUAGCAUUGCGGUGAAACUUGAAUCCCAAAUUAAACUAGCACUCCCAGGAAUCCUGCUCAUGAAUUAUAUUCCUGACAGAGCCACUGUGGUUAUCUUUCCAAAAUUUUGAACCAUGAUUUUUGGUUAACAUUUUAUUUUUCAGUUUAUUGACAUCUUUAGUCAAUGGAGUGUCCUUUUAGGCUGCAACUAAGAGAUCUACAGAACCAAGAGUAGACCCAGUGGAUGGGAAUUGCAGGGAAGCAGAUUUUGGCUAAAACAUAAGGAGUAACUUCUUAAAACCAAGGUCCCUUCUGCACUAUAUAGUUAAAACAGCCAUGGCUUCCUCUACAGAAUCCUGUAGAGAUUUAAAGUGUCAGCAUUGUUAGAAGUUUCCCUGUUUCCCUCACAGAGCUACAAUUUGCAGAGUCAUUCCCUCGUCUUCCUGGGGUACUAAAAUAAAAUUGUGUGUACACACACACACAUAUAAUAAAAUAAAAUAAACUAUUUUAAAACAACAACAGCACACAUGUAAGAACAAUUCAUAUCCGUCACAGAUAGCAACUGGAAUAAAGAGCUCUGUUUAGAAAGCUUGUGGAAAGAGGAAUGUUUUUAGCAGGCACUGAAAUGACAGUAGUAGAGAAGGCAUUGAUCUGAUAUAUAAUGUGACCAAAGUUCCCUUCCACAGGAAAGGUGCCACCACUCUCAAAGUCUGAUUCUGACCUUGUGAAGAAUGCACUUCCUGAUAGCAUGGUAUCUGCAGGAUGCCCUCUCCUUCAGAAUGUAGUGAUUGGUUGGUUAUGCAGAAGGUGAGAUGAACUUUUGAGCAACCUAGUCCCAAGCUGUACAUGGCUUUAUGCAGCAAUACCAGCCCAGUAGCUAAUUGGCAGCCAGUGCAGUUAUUUCCACAGUGACUUACUAUAUUCUGCCCCACAUUUUGCAUGAGGUGGCAGCUUCCAAGUCCUGCCCCACAUACAGCACAUUGCAGCAACCAACCUGGAGGUUACUGGAUGACCGUGAUUAGGCUGCCCCAAACCAGAAAUGGCUGUAGCUCUCUUCCCAACUGAAGCUGGUAAAAGGCACUCCUAGUCACUGAGAUCACCUGGGCCUCUAAGCGACAGAGAUGCGGGAGUACAACCCCAAUCGAAAGCAGACUCAGGAAUGGCCCAUCCAUGUUGCCUCCAUCUGCCCAGGAUUUAUAGUCAGUUUAUCGGCCCCCACCUAACCCACCACCAAGUCCAGGCACUAAGUUCAGGGCUUGCACAGCCUUUCCUGAUUCAGAAGUUGCAGAGAAACAUCAACAUAUGAUGACACCUCCAUUUCCCAUUAGUAGCAGACAUUUUUAUAGCAUGUAUUUACAGUUGAGUGCCACAGUUGGUUCUUAUUGAGAUGAUUGGUUACCAGAGCAGAGGUUAGCAUUUUUCAUACUUCGUCAGUGGUUCUGAAUUAGGAUAGUCCUAGGACAAAAUUCCCCAUGAAAACUCGUGGCAAAUAGGUCUGCUGAAACAACAAUUGCAUGUCCUUUUCUUCUUGCAUACAUGAUAGCAGUUUUGUUCCACUAAGGCUAAAGUGGACAUUUUCUCUGUAUUUUUAUAACUUACUUUGCCAGGAAGGGGACGAGCUGCUUUUUUGAUCUAGGGCAUUAAACAGCAGUUGGAGUCCAACAAAAUCUGGAAGGCCACAGGAUUCCCAUCCCUGGUUACAUUUAUUUAUAACCUGCCUUUCAGGAUACAAAUCCUUCCAAAGUGGCUUGCAACUAACUACAUAUUUUAAAAACACAAUAAACAACAUGUUAAAAAGUUACCAGGAUCUUUCCCACAGGGCAGCUGAUGGUAGAUCACCCUAGGUUGGGCAGAGGGAGGUAGUCUGAGGUGGUCUUCUUAGGAAAUACUGUGUUUUGAUGUGUUUUCCCCAAAGCACUUUUGAUCUGAAUUGAGAAACAGAAUGAUGUGGCUGUGUUUUGAGCUGAUAAUGUGUACACAGCCUUAGUCCGGAUUCGACUCAUUGACAGAAUCAGGUGUUGAGCCUCUUGUUGAGAAAGAAUGGAUUGGUUUGCUUUGUAGGCUGAUGUUGACUGGAGAGGCAGGCAAGCAAGCAAGCAAGCAAAUAAAUAAAUAAAUAAAUAAAUAAAUGUUAACAGGAUCAAAAGAUCAGGGUGGGAAACAGCAACGUAUCCAGCUGGCAGGGGUUUGCGCACAGUUUGGUGUCAUCAGUUGCUUCAUUCGGGUAAAGAAACGGAUUUCGUGACUCAGGAAACCAUGAUUAAGUACAGGUGAGAUGCCUCAAGGCUGCUGAAUCAGACACGAAAUCUGCGUCAACGCCUACUGUAGUUUAAAUAUACACAGAGGCAGUCCGUGUGACUGGAGAUUUGGCAAGGAUUUUUUACUCCAUCACUAAUUUUAUUUGCCCAGGCAAAAUCUUCCCUGGAGACUGGACAGAUGAGAGGGAGGGUCCCAUGGGCAUAGAAGCUGCAAGCUUCCUUCCAGAGCCAGUUCUGCCAUUGGCAAAGUAAGGUCUCAGGCAGCAUAUAUCCUCCUGAGCUCCCUGAUGCAACUGUUCUGUUGGAGAAGAGAGCUGUGCGUCACACACUUUGCCAUCCACAUUUAUAUCGAUCCUGCUGACCUCCCUCAGGGGCAGGGCAGUGCCCCUUUGCUAGUACCGAAGUAGGAGGCACUAUGAAUGGGUGUGCAUCAUUUUAUCCUUUGCCUCAGGCAGCCAAAUGUCUUGGGCCAGCCUUGCUUCAUACAUAGACACACUCCGGCAGUUCAUGGGACACCAGUUGGAUUCAUCCAGGAGAAGAGAGGGCGAGGGAGAGAACUGCAGCAAUUUAUUAGCCUGGGAUGUCCAAUGUUUCUCAUUAAGGUAUUGUGCAGAUACUGGUCUGUAUGUUGAGGUUAAGGUGAUGAAAUUCAGGGCUAUAACUCUUUUUGGUUGAGGGGCUGAGAACAUUAGAUGCUUGCGUUUGGAGAGGAAAAGGGCCUUGCACUGGGACUUUGAACCCAGAAAUGGGGACCCUGUGGGCAUCAGGGAAAUCUUCGGCAGGCACAUAUGCACCCCAUGGGUGCCACACUGGCAACCUCUGCCCUAUGGUAUGUUUUCCCACCUUCCUCUUCUUGCAGGUGCAUAUACACAUCUGUGCAGUUACCAAAAAAGGUAGUGGGGAAUAUUUUUGGAGGGCAAUUGCUUCUUCUUGAAUCACCCCUGCUAGAUUAAAAAAGCAAACAGGUGUCAGCUUGCCUGAAGUUGGACAGCAAACUGAUCAGAAUGGUUCAUUGCAGAUACUCAGUGCCUCUAUGACUGCAGACUAAUCCAGCAAAGCAUAUUCUGCUGUGGCAAUAUGCUGCUGAGAGAGAAGAGACUCUGGCUACUUACAAUUGAUUGGAUGGGAGCCAAAUUGCUUGCUUUUGAGCUGACUCAUUACGGAACUUAUUACACACACACACACACACACACACACACACACACACUGUGCAUAUCUAUCUAAUCUAUCUAAUCUUUAAUUCAUCCAUUGGUGUUGACAGGAACUUGUAAAAGGAGGCAAAGAACCAGGGGGCACCCCCCCCCCAUAGUGGAGGACAACAUAGCAAUUAGGUAGCUGACACACAACUGAACAAUUCCUCUCCCUCCCCUGCCCCCCACUGUUCCAUUUUUAAGGCACAUUUUCACAUUCAGAUGGCAUAAAUGAUGUACUGUAUCUCAUUUUUUUUAGCAUAGAAAAGGCCUGCCAGUUUGCAGAGAAUCUGUGAUGUUGCUUGAGAAGAUUUAUACACUGAUAUCCUGCAGUACUUCCGGGGUUUUUAAUGGGUACAAUUCUUAGGCCAGGUAGAGAUCUCUAGAGGGCCACAUCUGGCCUGUAGAUCUGAUGUUCCUCAUCCUUGUUUUGAAAUACCGUAUUUUUCGCCCCAUAGGACGCACUUUUUCCCCUCCAAAAAGGAAGGGGAAAUAUGUGUGCGUCCUAUGGGGCGAAUGCAGGCUUUCGCUGAAGCCUGGAGAGUGAGGGGGUCGGUGCGCACCGAUGCCUCUAGCUCUCCAGGCUUCAGGAAGCUAUCCGCAAGCCUUGCAAGCCCGGCGGGAGUUCCCGCGGGCUCACAAGGCUUGCGGGCAGCAGCCCGAGGCAGGGGGCGCGCUCCGGAGGGCACCCCCUGCUUCGGGCGGGUGUCUGCAAGCCUCGCGCGCCUGGCAGGAGGUCCCGCCGGGCGCGUGAGGCUUGGGGCGGCAGCCUGCAGCCCGAAGCACGGGAGCCCUCCGGAGGGCGCCCCGUGCUUCGGGCAGGUGUGUGCAAGGCUUGGGGCUGCAGCCGCGGCUGGGGGGGGGAAAUAAUUUUUUUUAUUCAUUUCCCCCCCAAAAAACGAGGUGCGUCCUAUGGCCCGGUGCGCCCUAUAGGACGAAAAAUACGGGACGAAAAAUACGGUGUGCCCUAUAGGACGAAAAAGCCUUCCAGGCUAAUUAAACUUUGGCUCUCCUGCAUUAAGUAAACAUGUUUCUAUCUCACUGAGGGGCAGAAUAGCAGAGUUGUUCAUUUUUUCCAUCAGAUUAUACAAUAGUGGCACAGUUAAAAUAAUGACAUGUAAUGAAUACUAAUGAAGAGCCAGCAUUUUACGAUGCCUUUUUAUUGGAGGGUAUCAGAGUACAUGGUUUUCUUUUUACAGCUCCCUUCCCUCCUCAAGAUACCUUAUUAAACAGAACAUUUCCUCACCAUGUGGCUUAAGAAGUAUGAACAGCAGCCCACACUCACCCUGAGAAUUGCCUCCCUUCUGUGCCACCAUGCACAGUUUCACAUUUUGAUGUUAUGACCAUGUGGCAGGGUUGCGCAGCAGUGUUUUGCAACAAAGCCCUCUUUUUGUUUCUGUGACAUUUUGUGGAAAUGCAGUCCUCUGAAAUAAAUAACAUUCAUUGUAUUCUUUGAUGUGCAACUGGAUCAAUUGUUAAUUUAGCACAUGCGCCAAAUUAUGCUCUGGCUUCGUGACCUGCUCCAGACCCUCUUUCCAUUGAGUAGGAAUUUGGACUUAGAAGUCCUAUAUCUGGGUGGGAUUCAGCUAAUGAAUCCCUUUGACAGAAGCCUGUGCAAGGACUUUCAUUUGCACAAUGGGGUUUCCUCUAGUUCUCCUGGUAGCGGUCAGGAGAAUCCCCAGAACAGCACAUGGAAGAAGGUGGGUGGGUGGGUGGGUGGAACUGUUCCAUCUAGCAAGCUGAAAUGCUUGCACUGACGGAACAUUCAGCAUAGUACAGUGGUACCUCAGGUUACAUACGCUUCAGGUUACAGACUCCGCUAACCCAGAAAUAGUACCUCAGGUUAAGAACUUUGCUUCAGGAUGAGAACAGAAAUCACACGGCGGCGGGGCGGCGGCAGCGGGAGGCCCCAUUAGCUAAAGUAGUGCUUCAGGUUAAGAACAGUUUCAGGUUAAGAACGGACCUCCAGAACGAAUUAAGAUCUUAACCUGAGGUACCACUGUACAACACUGAAUUCCUUCCUCUAUGUACAAUAUACUAGUCACUACAGCAAAUUAUCUGAGAAAGCCACAACACAUGAAAUAACAUUAAAUGACAUCUAUUUCUAUGUAGUAUCUGGAUGGCAGGCAGGCAGCCAUAGAAGUGAUCCAUUCCAUCUGAUCCCACGCAGCAGUGUUGGCACAGACCAAAUCCUUACAUCCUUAAGGCUGCAAUCAUAUGCCUAUUUAUGUGCCAGAAAGCCCCAUUACAUGAAGUGGGGCUUGAGUAAGUAUUGUUGCAUGCUACUCCAAUCUCUGAGCAGUAUGAGAUUCCAGGGGUUCCAGGUCCUUACCCAGGGUUCGUGUUUCCUUUUGGAAAUGGGGCACAGCAGAGACUGCGGUGCCUUUAUGAUACAGUAUAUGGUUUAUUUAUACAUAUAUACAACCUGAGCCUAUGAUGGAGGGGUUCACAGCAUUAACACCUCAAAAGGGCCUUGUUUCUCCCAUAGCUGCAGCUAUGGCAGAGAUCAACCAUUGGUGUGCCUCUCCGGCUUUCUAGCUUGCUGCUCUGCUACUCUGCCACAUUAUUCUUCCUAACCUCUCUAUGCUGUAAACUUUGGUUUUAUUUGUUGAGGAAUCCUUUGGUUCUUUGUCCUCUUAAUGGUCCAUCACCCAGGUGAUCACUUCAACACAGGAAGCUAGCCAGGCUUAAUUAGCUCUGAUUAGAUUUUAAUCCUUGCUGGACCUGGGGAUUAGAGAGGUCUGGCACCCAUCUUAACACCCCAAGCAUUGAUUAAAUUCUAACACUUAUUAGAUCUAGGGAUUAGGGGUGUCUGGCACCCACAAACUCAUAACAAUAUGUGUAUAGAUAGGAGUGCCCUGCAUGUCUUCUUCUGGAAAUGAUAGGAGUGCCCUGCAUGUCUUCUUCUGGACCGAAUGAAGUGCAGAUAAGUCUUCUAACUUACAUAAAUUUCAAGCAGCCUAUCCAAGCUCUGUUAUUUCAAGGCUGGAGUUAGGGAAAGGUUAUGUGCUUAUCACCUGUGAGGAUUGCAUUUGCUCUGUGUCCUGUUUUAUUGAUACUUUUCUUCUUCUUUGCUUUAGGGAGGAACAGGAAGAACAUGGAUGUUUUGGGAAGCAUAGAGCCCACACAGUUUCCCCUUCCAAAGCACAUCUUGGAAGUGUGGGUCAUCGUCCUGAUCAUCCUUGUCACCAUCGUUGUCAUGACCUCCCUGCUCUUGUGCCCAGCGACAGCAGUGAUCAUUUACAGAGUCCGGACACACCCAAUACAUAAUGGAGCCGUGUGAAACUUGCUUCCAUGUCACUAUGUUUGGCUUUGCUUUUGAGAAACAUGGGGGGGAAAGGAUUAUAGGGAAACUGUCAGUUUAUCAGGCUUUCUCUGACACCAGGCCAAGAUCUGAGGAGACAAUGGAGGCAUGCCAACAAGAAUAUGACAGCAGCACAGAGACUAUGAUCAUGUGACGAGGACGUCACAUGUCACCAGAAGUGCCCCAGAAGCCUGGCUGCACAAUACAAACUGUGUCCCUAAUGCUCCACAUCCAGGACUUUAUCUCCAGUUAUGGAAUCAAGUUGGCUGGUUCAGGAUUCCAGAUGGUUCUUGUUUUGGAUUUUUGGUGUGUCCUUUUAUUUGAAAAAUGGUUCUUCAUGUUUACUGGGCAAGCUGUUCCAAAGGACUAAGGAAUUGGCAAAAACAGAUGUCAGAAAGGAAUAAUGAAAUGUAAUCCAAAAAAAACCUUCCAUGUAGAUUCCAGAUGUGGAAACACAACCUGUUUUAUCUAUCCCCUUCAAAUUGAGACAUAGGCAUAGACAUAUUCGGUAAAAACCAUGUGGGGGAAAGCUUUGAUCGCUCCCAGCUGGAACGUUGGUCAUUCUUUCUUUCCUCCAAGAUCCCUCUAAUCCAAACAGCAGCAGCCGAAAAGGAAUUGGGGCGGGGGGGGGGGGAGAAAUGAGAUGUAGGUAGAUAAGUGAAGUAAUUGCAUUUGUGGUAUACAGUUACAAAAUGAUUCAUCAUUAAACAUCAAUUUUUAAGGCACCUAAUAAAAUAUAAUACAAAAAAAACAGAGGAGGGGAGAAUGAGAUUUGAACAAAGUAAUUUGCUGUCAGGGAACAGUUUAGAAUAAGGUUACCAGAUUUUUUUCAAUGAAUCCGGGGACACUUUUCAACUUCAAUAGGAAUGAUAGGAUUUUGUCAGGGGACUGAUUUGUAAAUCCGGGAACUGUCCCCGGGAAACGGGGACAUCUGGUAACCUUAGUUUAGAAUGUGGCAAUGAAAAAAUGGAGCGAAAGAGGCUUUCUUUUGCUGCUGCGUUUGUGAAACUCUGUGCAUCUUGCAGUUCUGUGAAUGGGAUGGGAGGGCCUUUCCUAGUUGUACUGAAGGAAUGGCAACUAGGGAAUAAACUUGUAAAGACUGGGGAUCUUUGCAGUUGUGACGCGAUACAAGUAGUUUGGCUGUUCCAUCCAUCCCCCUGUUUCACACGCACCCUCAGGCAACUGUCCAUUAAUCUACUAAUGAGGUUACUAGAUGUUUAUUUCUGCCUGACAACAGUGAACAUAUAAUUGGCAUGAGCAUGCAACAAUUUGUUGUAGUUCCUGCAUGAUUCAUUUCCCUUCUCUGCUACUGCUGGCCUCUACUUCUGUGUCUUUUCUUGACAGUCAUCUGUUCCCUCAUACGGCAGAACUGGCAACUCCUAGCCCAAAGAGGGCUAUUGGGCCUUCACUGUCUGCACACCGGGGAAAGGUUCAGCAGCUAUUCUUGCUGCUAUGUGGUGUUGAAGGAAGACUCAAGAUCGGCCAGACCUCUCCCUUCCGCUCAGCCACAAGUGGCACUGCAACAUCCUGCCAGGCCAGGUGUUAGGAGAUGUUGUCCGUUCGUAGUUCAGAGCUGGCGAUAGUCUACUUAUAAAUCUGUUUUUAUGGAAAGAAACACUCCACCCUGUGAAAAAUGGUUUCAGAGGUUUAAGUAGAAUUUGUUUGUGUAUUGUACAUAAAAGUGGAUGCAUUUCCAUUCAUUGUAUCAGCAGUAAACUCCUCCUGAAACUGAUAUUGUGGCAAAUCCAUGUAAUAAACGUUUGUUAUUUUAUUUUAUCGCAUUUGUGAACAGCUUAUCGUGAAACAUCUCAAAAUGAUUUCGCAGUAGAAGCAUCAACAGUUAAAAACAGUUCCAUAUUUUUAAAAAUAAUAUCUUUUGUAGAACCCAACAGACAAUGGAAAUAGUG